CAGAAAGAGGCAGAGGAACUACAAAGCAAACUAACUAUGAACAUUUAGCUAGCUUAGCUAUGAGUUUUUAAACGCCCUAAACCGAAGCUAGCCAAGUGUGACGGAGUUAGCAGAUAUUUGUAGCAUGUGCUGCGGUAGUUAGGGCUAGCUACAGCUAAUUUGUUAGCAAACAACUGCUAAGGUACUUACCAUCAAUUUGAAACCCCAUAUGGAGACAUGGAGCAUCACUGGCUUCCCUCUUCACUGUUGUUGCUCGUCAAAUAUGUAAUGUGAGCAGCGUCUGCACACUGCAUGGGAGAGCCGAGUCAUCGAUGCAGAACCCCUCAGCGCUGUUCGGGAUGGUCAGCCACUGUCAGACCCCGACUUUCACAGACUUCACCGGCUUGUCACUCGCCGUGUACGGCGGCAAGGCGGACAUCUGUCCGCGGCGAGCCGGGAGCGGCGGUUUUGGAUCUCAGAUUUGCCGAAGCUCCCAUGACAUCCCGACUCACAUGAGCUGCAGCAGCCCGAAGAGACCCAGCGCGUCCGAGGAGAAGGCGCAUCUGUCAGCCAAAGCUCCGCGCUCAUGCCUCCCUCUCCCACCCGCGCAAGCAGGUACUUGGGUGGAUUCAUAGGGGUCCGUGGCUCAUAUCGGCACCGGGGCCUGUAAACUGACCAUAUCCCUCAGCAUGACAGCGUUACCAAGUCUCCCAGGUAACAAGUAAAUGAGAGGAAACAAGCAAGAAAAUGCAUGUUUCUGCAAGAGCUCAGAGGUGAGGGAAAACAUCCUCAACUUCUAACACUACACAUUUUAUUAAAGCUAUACAUAACAUUAAAUCAUCCAUCUUUGCUCACUGUGCCUUACACCUUCACCACACUACAUGCUUCAAAAUCUUCUUCACACUACUAAUCAGUAACGUGUAACACAUUUUACCAGAUCACUCAUGCAAGUCGCCACUGUUGUGUGUAAUAAUGAGAUCCAAGCACUUCAAGUUGUUGAUCUGCAGAAGAAAAUCAACAGAAGAAAAAAGAAAAGAACGAGAUAGAGGACAGAUCUGUAUGCAUACAAAGCGAGGAUAAUUUUUGCAUAUUUUGUGUUUCAGCAAUGGCAACACAUUUACAAAUACUGAAAAGGUUGCGUGCAUUAUUCUGAUAUAAACUGCAAGCUAUUAUUGUGCCCACUCCAUUGUCACAGAUACAAGCAGGAUGAGAUAUGGUUCAGAGAGCUGCUGAGGAUGAUGGCAGAGGAGAAAGGAAGGAAAGAGAGCCGUGUCUGCUCCUGUUGACUGUAGUUUCCUCCUGGCUCACUGACCUAUUGGAUAUUUAGCCUAGUAGAUAUCUUGCGGAUGUCUGAGACAUGCUGGUGAGCUGUCCCACAGCUCCUGGAUCCCAUCUUGGAACACUUCACGAAUACUGAUUUUGAAACGCGGACACAGUCUUCAUUGGUGCUCCUGAAUCCCGCGGAGCAGUGGAGCUAUCGGUUGUCAAUCAGAGACCGAGGGAGGGAGGGAAGGAGAGGGACGCAUGGGAUGCUGAUGGCUGAUCCUCACAGAGAGGAUGCUAUCGAUCAGGCUCGCAGAUGCUUCCUCCUCCGCUGCGAUAAACAUGCUGAUGUGCGCAAUUAGACUCUUCCUGCUCCUCAUUGGCUGAUUGGAGAAGGUAAUGUGAGCAGCGUCUGCACACUGCAUGGGAGAGCCGAGUCAUCGAUGCAGAACCCCUCAGCGCUGUUCGGGAUGGUCAGCCACUGUCAGACCCCGACUUUCACAGACUUCACCGGCUUGUCACUCGCCGUGUACGGCGGCAAGGCGGACAUCUGUGCGCGGCGAGCCGGGAGCGGCGGUUUUGGAUCUCAGAUUUGCCGAAGCUCCCAUGACAUCCCGACUCACAUGAGCUGCAGCAGCCCGAAGAGACCCAGCGCGUCCGAGGAGAAGGCGCAUCUGUCAGCCAAAGCUCCGCGCUCAUGCCUCCCUCUCCCACCCGCGCAAGCGAAUGGUGCCUACUGCUCAGAGAAGGAUGUAGACGCUGUGCUGGGUGACGCUGAGGGCGCCCUGAUGCGAUGUGGGCAGAGCUUGCCACUGCUGGUGGGGGGUCACUUAGGGGGGCUUUAUACCCAGAGCCUCCACUGCGACAGACCCACACCCGACCUCCUUUUGCAGGACAGCCCUCACCAAGAUACCAGAUCCUCUUCGGCCUUCCAAAGGACCCUGCCGGGGGCCUCGCCCAGCCUGGGCUGUGGCAAUGCCAACGGGACUCACUCCUCUCUCCCUUACCCAAUCAAACAGGAGAACUCAAUGGGCUACAAGAUCUCAAGCACCACAUCCAGGGACCAUAGCACGUCUCAGACCGGGUUUCAGAACUGUAGGGCAGGCCAAGUUUUGGGAGCGACAAGGGACAACAUAGUCGGAGCGUCGCACGUUAGCAACAACGGUAUAGGCGGAUGCACAGUGAGCGGUGUUGGUAGUACUGUGUCAGGGGACGCAGUGCAACCCUUUAAUAAUGAAGAUGGCUCCUCCCCACUGGCUUUGUCCCCAACAGGCUCCCGUCAUUCAGCGCGGCUGCUCAGUGCUAGCAGUCUGAAGAGACGCUGCCUGUCCCUAGCCUCACAGUCCGCCGCCGCUGCUGGCAGCGUUGCUGCCACAGGUUCCACAUCAGCUACUGCCGCUGCGUCCGAGGAGCUCAAUAUCACCGCAAUCAUCUGCUCCUCUUCCCAGAUGUCGAUGGUUGCCUGCGUUAACGGGUUUCGCACUAACCUCUCGCCUAGCCACGCCAGCAGUGCCGGCUUUUCCUCCUCUUCCUCCUCCUCUUCUACAUCCCCACCCUCUAACUCCUGCUUACGGGAAGCGCCCCAGAGGCCCCCACCUCACGGUAGCCCCCAGCAGACCACGCUACAGGAGAGCUGUCAGCUGUCUUCACCUGCCACCUGCCUGCUGUCCCUUUCCUCCUCCUCCUCCUCGUCCUCCUCCUCAGUGUCAUCAGUGGAGCAGGAACAGGGCCAGGGGCAGAGCCAGGGGCUGUGUGAGGAGCAGGGCUCCAUGCUGCAGGGGCGUGGGGCUGGAGGAACAGCUGGGGGAGGUGUGGGAGGUGGAGGAGGAGGCUCGGACGGGUUGGGGCUACUGAUAAGUGGGGGCCUGAUGUCUGGGAUCCUGCAUCCAGGGUCCGAAGCCGGGGCGCUCUUGGACGGGGGCCAAAGAUCCGGGGCCACUCUAAAGCAGGAGCCCCUUGAUGAUUUUUCUCCCAGUGAAGACGAACUCUUUCAGCACCACUAUCAUCAUCACCAUCACAUGGGUGGUCGUAGCGGGCACCUUCGUCACCCCCACCACCCCUCUCGCCCUGCUAUGCCUCCGCCCUACCACCUACACCAAUACGUGGGGCCCAGUCCUGGGGGCCUUCUCCACCACCAGAGCCAGCAAACAGCACCAACCUCUUCCCUGGGACUCAAACCGACCCCUGGAGGCCCUCAUGGGUCACAUACGGCUCCAGAGCGGGAAGAAGUCGGAGGAGGAGCGCUGGCCGACAAGCAGGUGUGUCGCUGGAUUGACUGCAGUGCUGCGUACGAGCAGCAGGAGGAGCUUGUGAGGCACAUUGAGAAAGUCCACAUUGACCAGCGCAAAGGUGAGGACUUCACCUGUUUCUGGGCUGGCUGCAUUCGCCGCUACAAGCCCUUCAACGCCCGCUACAAGCUGCUCAUUCACAUGAGAGUCCACUCCGGAGAGAAACCCAACAAGUGCAUGUUCGAGGGCUGUAACAAAGCGUUUUCCCGUCUGGAGAACCUGAAGAUCCACCUGAGGAGCCACACAGGAGAGAAACCGUACCUGUGCCAGCACCCCGGCUGCCAGAAAGCUUUCAGCAACUCAAGCGACCGCGCCAAGCAUCAGCGCACUCACCUGGACACGAAACCAUAUGCAUGUCAGAUCCCUGGCUGCACCAAGCGCUACACAGAUCCCAGCUCCCUUCGCAAACAUGUCAAGAUCCACUCGGCCAAAGAACAACAGGUGCGUAGAAAGCUCCGGCCAUGUCCUCACCUGGAACAGGACGUCCUGAGUGACUGCCUGUCCAUGCAGCACCUCCAGAGCUCCAGCUCCUCGCAGCACCUCUACAACGGCAAAGAUGGACGCUCACCUGGACUGGGCCAAGACAUCUUCACAGGCCUGUACACUGGCUCCAGCACCCCCCAUCACAGUGCCUCUGUGGAGCUCCUCUCCCCGACCCCAAACCCCACCCCCUCCACCUCCGCCACUGACCUGCCCUCCCGACAACACCGACUGGACCGGGACCUCGGCAGCCCUCACCACCUGUCCCCACUGGCUGCCAUGGAUGGCCCAAGAGACGGAGUGUCGGGUAGCCUUCUGUCCCCGGGGAUGAAGGGAACGGGGACGCCUCCUCCUCCGUCUCUGGAGAAACAGCAUGUCCACCAUCAACACAAGCCCUACUCUCACUACCCACACCACCAGUCUGCAAAUGACGAAUACCAAGGCAGCUUUCAGAGCUGCUUCCAUUUCGGAGACUCCUACAGGAUGGAGCAGACGGUCGGUGGCGUCCACGUCCCAGGAGAUUCUCACGCCUACACUUCCCAUCAGCACAAUGGCUUCCACAUGUCGACUAGCAACGCUGGCAAUGCAGGCUUCAGCUUGACCCAGGAUUUGCAGGGCGGUGCGGGGUGCCAGUUCUCCUCCAGCCCAGAGGAGAGCGUUUUCUUCCAGGUGGGCAGCUUCGACCGCAGCCUGAGCCACAUGUCCUCCAUUUACACAGAGACAUAGAGCCACACUGGAGCAGGGCACGCUUCACCACACCUACUUUACCACACAGCAGUCCAACUCUCUCCACAGUCAUCUUGUCACACUUGGAUCACCUUUUCUCUACUUACUGUUUCCUUUUUUUUCCCACAUAGCAAAUCACACUCAUUUAGCGCUCAUUACGACCUACUUAGCUGCCAGAUGGAUGGUAAACAGGCAAGAUGAGACAGACGUUAAAAUGUCUGGAGUCAGUCAGUUUAGAUGUCUGGGACAUGCUUCUUUAGCUGACACUAUCUGAACCGCCAUGAUACAUAUGACUUGUUUCAUGGUCCAAGCAGGUAACAAACAGAGGUUCCCAACCUGUAUCAGUGACGUCUCAUCACUGGUUGCAGACGUCUUCCAGCCGUAACCACUUAACUGAAAAUUAUUUUUAAGUGAUUCAUAAGAAGAUAAGCAAAGUUUUGUGCGGAAAAAAAAAACAAUUUGAGGUUUUUUUCUGCUUAUGUGCUCUGUUGAAGUGUUUUGGGACAUUUUUACUAAUGAACUCAUGCUUCAUUGUCACGAUGAGUACAGUGCUACUCAGCCUGUAAAAACACUUCUGUGGAAGAGAAGGGAGCUUUUUCUGUUCUGUCGGAAAAACCUAAAGAAGCACCAAAAAACAAAAAAGACCGUAACGAGAUGAUAUGCCUUUGGCGAGUGACACAGUGAAGCCUCAGCCGUACAGCCUUCUUGCAAAAAUAAUAAAAAAAUAGGACAUGGAAACGACACACGAGGUACAAGUGGCCAUUAUACUGUGCAUUUUAUUAUGCAGCACUGUUGAACUUGGAAUUGUAUUUAAAUAUUUCCAUUCACUACUCUAACACAAAUACUGUAUUUGUAUAAUGACGCCGUGGUCGAUGGAUUUCAAGUUUGCAAAUACAAAUUCCAACUUUGAGUGGCAUUCAAUUGCACUUUCUGCAGUAGGAGGUCGGUAAACUUCAGCGUUCUAGUUUUCUGGAAUGUAGCAUAAAAGUCAAGAUAUCUCAGCCCCUGCUGCAUCUGUUAUGACCGUUCUCUUUUAAACUUUCUUAAUGACCUAAUCACCCUGAUGGCCCUGUAAUUGUGUUGCGACCCUUUAGAGUCGUCUUGUGACUGUGUCCCAAACCCUAUGUUGGGAACCACUGAGUUAGGGAGACUUUUAAUUCUGUAAAGAUUAAAAAAACACUAUUGAAUCCUGCUUUUCAGAUUUUUUUUACUCAUCUUAAGUGAAGGAAUGACACGUAAAAUCACAAAGAAGUCUCUUUUUCUUUUUCAAUAAUGGAGCUGAAGAAUUCUGAUUUAAAGGAAAGAAAAGAAAACACAUGUGCCCUUCUGUCUUUGAAAGGCUCAGAAUCACAUUUAUUGGCCAAGAUCUCAUCAUGUACAAAGAAUAUGACUCACACUGGUGCUAAGACGCUCACAGUACAAUCAGAUCAAGCUUACACAUGCUGUUUUUUUUGUUGUUUUUUUCAGUCGAAAUAUAUAAGUUUCAGACGCUGCAAAUGAAAUGCCCUCUCCCUCCUCUUCAUGUUUUUUUCUCUCUGAUCUACAUCUUUCAAUCUAUUUUAGACUGAAUUGUAGAAAGGAAUAUAUCAUUUUGCAGUGUUUGUUGUAAAAGUGGAAAAGAAAAGUGUUUGCAUUUUUCCAUAUUUUGUUGUUGUUGUUUUCUUUUCCUUUUUGGAUUGAUCUCUGGAGGAGGGUCUGAACUCAUUUAUUCUGCAAUAAUGCAGAAAAAACAACCUACUUUGUUAUUAUUAUAAAAUGUAUAAAAUGUACAGUUUGUUUACAGCAAUCAUUUGAAUGUUUGUCAUUUCUCAGUUUAAGAAAUAAAUAAUUGAAUGAU